AUGAUGUUGAAGGCAGAGACCGAGGUGCGCAAUUUGGAAUACCCAUUUCUCUCCGCCAACUUUACCAUUGGAGAACAAGAAAUACAAUUCAACAGCGAUCUUGGAGUGGAUGAGUUCGAAAGUCCGGUACUUGAUUCCUAUCUAAAAAAGGAGGAUGGGGUUAUUUUUACCUCGCGCAAUGGUUCGUUGCAACUGAAAGGUACUUGGGAUGCGGUAUACAAUAAUCCAUUUGGUCUUCCCUUUAACGAGACGACGGAAGGCUGGUCACACGUUUCAGUAAAAGACAUAGAUGUGGAUAUCUCUGCAAAACUCACCGCAGUUGACUAUCAUCCACAUGUUGUUUUAGGAGACUGCAAAGCAAAUUUGGGCACCUUUGACUAUGUGUUAAGCGACGGUUACUUUCCUGGUAUAGCUAACAUGUUCCGCGAUCUUACCUCGACCGAUGUUGCCGAAUUUACCGCUGGAGCUAAAUUAGGAUAUGGUUCAAACUCAUGCGAAAAUUCGAAGGAGAUAGCGACGCUCGAAAAUUUCCCUGAAGAGGGUCUGAAACCAAAGAUGGUAGUUGUAUGGUUAGGAGAAAGCCUAUCAAAUUGUCUUCUCAAGAGCGUACAUGACGCGCAACUGAUACAGAUUCCCAUCAACAAGGACAGUAUCCCAGACUACAGAAGCUAUCUUCGAAUCAAGUAA